GUGAAUUGGUGUGCUUUUGUUUUGUUUUAUUAAUAAUCUUUUGUUUUGUUGAUAUUAGCUCAAUCGCCCUCUAGUGUUGCCUAAUUCCCUUCCUUCCAAUCCUCAUUGAUAAUUCUGCUGAUGAUUCAAUGCUCGGAAGCUGGCCCUCUCUCGACCCUCACAACUUCAGCCAGUUCAAGCCCAAUGAUCCCUCCAACCCAUCGAAAAUGACACUUGUUACCUAUAAUCCUACUCAUGAUCACACCCUCUCUCCGCCUGAUCAGGUUAUAGUCCCGGAGGCGAAAAACAUUCUUCUGAGGCACUUCUAUCAACAGGCCGAAGAGAAGCUGCAGAUGAGUGCAAAGAGAGCAUUGUCCGAUAAUCCGAUGCCGGAGCGCGCAUCGAAGCUUCCUAAGGCUUCGGCUUCUGAUAAUGUGUAAUGUGAGCUUCACAAAAAUUGUGAAUAUAUCAGUCCCUGCAGGCGCUAGUAUAAAGUAGGUGUGUGCUGAAAAGCUCAUAACCAUGUUUGCUUGUUGUAUACUUACAUAAGCCUUGCAAAGGGUGUAUAUUUUUGAGUAUUUUCUAAAUUUAUAUAGUAGUAUUACUUUAUUCUA